UGAGGUUGUACGGCAACUCGAUGCCGCUGACGUACUUCCGUCGUACGGUUGGCAAACGGCCCUGGCGGCGGCGAUGAGCGAACGGCUCCAGGACCCGGUUGCUGCUGAUGCCGUACCAUCGCAGGAGCUUAGUAAUACGCUGUUUUUGCUGGCGAUCCUAAACUAUCGGCCCAGCUACAGUUGGACAAGUACGGCGGCCGCGGCGUUACAGCCGAGGCUGCUAACGCUCACGGCAACUCAGCUUACUAAUGCCUUUUGGGCGCUUGCCAAAUUUGGCUACAGAGUGGAAGGUGCUGCUUCUCCUUCUACUUGGAGUGUUUCUGCCGUCCAAGCGGUCCAGCUACAACUGCCAUCGCUACAGCCACACCAGCUAAGCUACUGCCUGGGGUCGCUACAACGAUUAGGUUGUUACGUAAGCUCUGCCGUACUGGACGAAAUGCUAGCAGCGGCGGCAGAGCAAAUGUCGUACUACCCGCCUUCAGACCUUGUGCUGUUGCUGAUAACCGUUUGUCGGUUACGGCACGUGCCCAGCUACAGCUUUACGGAAGCGGUUACGGAGCGGUUAAGACCGCACCUGCUCGCGGCAUCUGCCGCGGAAGCGGACAAGGAUGCGGUUGGGGACAGUGCUGUGCGAAGGGAAGCGGUUGGGGACGUGACGGAAUCCGUUGCACCAACGCCGCCGUCGGAGCUCAUCAUUAGCCCGCUGACGUGUCAGGAGCUGGCUUCCGUGGCUUACGCACUUGCCAAGCUGCACAGCAGACCCGAGUCCGAGUGGAUGCGGGUGUUCAUGUCCACAUGCGAGGCGCGUCUGGCGCAUUUCUCAGCUGACCUGCUUGCAACGCUGCUGUGGGCGGUGGGGGAGCUGGGACAGGUCCCCAGCCCCGCCUGGCUCUCCGCCUUCCUGUCGGCCUCGCGUUCGCGACUGUCCGACUUCGCGCCGCCCGAUCUGGUUUCGGUGCUCUCUAGUCUGGCGGCGUUACGCUGCGCGCCGCCGGCUGAGUGGCUGGCAGAGGCGCUGACACUGCUGGGGGCGCGAGUGGGGGGGCUAGAUGGGGAGGGCGUAACGGCGCUGCUCAAGGCCCUGGUGGACCUUGAUGCGCGAGUGAGCAACUCGCAGUGGUAUGACGCCCUCUGCGACCAGGUGUACGGCUACCUCCCGCUGCUGCCCCCCCGCUGCCUGGCGGAGCUCCUCACCUCCCUGGCAGCGCUGGGACACACCCCGCAGCCGCCCUGGCUGGCCCGCUGCGCGCAGCAGGUGGCGGCGCGGAGCCUGAUGCUACCCCGACGAGAGCAACAGCAGCAGCAGCAGGAGCGGGAGCGGGAGCAGCAGGAGCGGGG